UUGUACAGAAAUAAGCAAAGUCAUAAAACAAUACGAAACCGGGUACAAACAGUGAACAAAGUGCAAAAAUGCCUUUAAAAGGUAUUAAAGUAUUGGAAUUUUCCGGUUUGGCUCCGGCACCUUUUUGUGGCAAAAUAUUGGCCGAUUUUGGAGCAAAGGUUACGGUCAUUGAUCGAGUUCCUGAUAAUCCAGUAAAUUGUAUGAAUAAUGGAAAACGAGUAUUGGCUGUAAAUCUCAAAAAAUCAUUAGGUCAAAAUUUGGUACGUCGCUUAGCCAAAACGCAAGAUGUACUCAUAGAGCCUUUUCGCCCAGGAGUUAUGGAGAAACUGUAUUUAGGUCCUGAAUUACUUUGCCGCGAUAAUCCUCGUUUAAUAUAUGCACGCUUAACGGGAUUUGGGCAAAGUGGACCGUUAUCGGCACGUGCCGGCCAUGAUAUAAAUUAUGCCGCAAUAUCUGGCGUACUAUCAAUGUUGGGACGAGAAAAUGAAAAACCUUUACCUCCCAUAAAUAUAUUAGCUGAUUUUGCGGGCGGAAGUCUUAUGUGUGCGUUGGGUAUUUGCUUAGCCCUUUUGGAACGUCAUCGAUCGGGCCGGGGACAAGUAGUAGACUCAAGUAUGGUAGAAGGCGCUGCCUAUAUUGCUAGUUGGUUAUUUAUGUCACGUUCUAUUCCCCUGCUUUGGCAAGGCGUACGUGGAUCAAAUGUCUUAGAUGGCGGUUCCUAUUUUUAUGAUACAUAUCCUACUAAGGAUGGGAAAUUCAUGUCUGUUGGUUGCCUAGAGCCGCAAUUCUUUGAAUUAUUUAAAGAGAAACUGGGAUUAUUACAAUUAUCACAGUAUCCCGAUAGUGAAGAAGAGAAACAGGCUGCUAAAGAUUGUGUUACUGAAGCAUUCUUACAAAAAACUCAGGCAGAAUGGUCGGCAAUUUUCGAAGAUAUUGAUGCUUGUGUAUAUCCAGUGUUAGAUUGGCAUUGUGCGAUGACUCACGCACACAAUGUAGAACGUCAAAGUUUUGAUCUCGUAGAUAACAUUCCUGUACCGCAACCGGCGCCACAUCUCAGCCGUACACCUGGAACUCUUAAAACGAAAUCACGGUCUUCGAAGGAAGCCGCCGACGAUGCACUCGAUAUGUUAAUUCAAGAACUGCAGCUUGACACCUAUGAGCUAAAAAACUUGGUUAAAGAAGACAUUAUACAGUUACCUGUUCGAACAAAGCUAUGAAGAAGCAGAAGCAGAAACAGAUUUUUAAGAUUAGUUUUAAGUUCAUAAGAAUCUUAUUAAUAACGGCAAUGUUUUAAAGAAUUUGGGGCUAAUAUUUUUGUGUUUGUAAUACAUUGAAGGGCGCGUAGUACUGACUCGCAUUGAAUAUAUAAAAACUCUUAACUAACUAUAUUCUCCCAUCUGACUCUUCAUUUUUCUAACAAAUACUCAAAACUAGGGCUAGUUAGCUGAAGCUUGGAAUGUGUAUUUCUAAUUUAAGGCCGCAAACGAAAUGCGAAAAUUUCAAUGAUCUAUCCUUGUACCUCACCUGUCGAAUUGAGUUAGAAGGAAUGGAUUAUAGAGAAAAAAAAAAAA